ACAGCAGUGGACUGGUGGAAUAUGCGCGUGCGUUUACUGCAGAGGACAACAAUCGAGUCGUGUCCAUCUCCACUGCACGUCUAGUUUCUCUCGCUCUUCCGACCCGUGAGGGUCUUCUUUUUGUUAAAUUUAUCAUUUCUAUAUUUAUGUAGCAACGCAAAUAGUCAAUAAUCAUCUUAAUUUAAGUAUUACUCAUUAAAAUAAGUACUAUCAUGGCUUCCUUGGUGGCUGAUUAUGGAAACUCGUCGGGUUCUGAAGACGAACAGGAUCAGGAAAACUCCGACUCGGAAUCUUCUAAGGAUAUAGUUGAUGAUGAAGAUAACAGUACUGACAAUGAUAAUGAAGAAUUAAAACAAGACGAUGCUUCCAAUAAAAAACUUCCAUUGCCCACUCCUGAUUUCAACGGUGCACCAACCUUGAAAACUUCUGUUUUCUCAAAUCCAUUUGCAGAGGCUGAAAGAGCUAAAAGUGCUAUGCUUGAAAAACAUGUAAAAAUGACUCCAACAUUAGAUGAUACAAAAAUGAUAAAUGGUCGAAAAAUUUGCUGGAACUAUAGAAAAGGACGGUGUCGCUUUGGUCACAAUUGUACAUUUGCUCAUGAUUCUGAUUUACAUCGAACUGCUGCUGAGUUAGAAGCUUUACAUUCACCCCAAGAAACUAUUAUAUGUCAAAAACAAUAUACUGGUCAAGUUACAAUUGAUGAAGAUGAUGAGAUUGAUCAAGAAAAUAGUCAAACAAUUAAACGAAAAAAAAGACCUGGUUUGAGUCAAACUUUAAUUCCUAGUAAAAAAGUUUUAAAGAUAUAUAAAGCGCAACAAGCAAAAGCAGUUGGUAGAUAAAUUGUAGUAAAUUUAUAUAUUUUGAGUAAUCGUUUUUUAAUUUAAAAAGUGAUAAACAGUUUUUGACAAAGGAAAGCACUUCCAUUUUUGUUAGCAAUGUAAACAUGGCAAAGUAAAUGGAGUAUUUUUUAAAGCUAUGAGAAUAUCUAAUCAAUUUUAUAUUUUCUCACAGUGUUGAAUUAAUUACUAAUGAAAUGAAAUUGUAAACAAGUUGAGUAUUAGAAAUAUUAAUAACUUUUUGAAAAUUUAUUGCUUGGAAAUUAAAACCAUUAUAUCUAUAUGUAGUCUAAGUGCUCUUGUUUUAAAUGUCAAUAUUAAUUUGUCAAUCUUUAGACUAUUUAUAAAUACACUAUUGUGAUUAUUAAAAAUAUUUUAUACAUUCUAAGAAAAAUGUAAAUCAAAAUGUUGAAUAGUACACUAUUCUUAACUAUAAUAUAUUCUACAUCACUUAUUAGUAUGUCCUGAAAAAUUUACUUCUACUAAAAAUUUGCCAGAAUUUAAAAACAAUGUUUAAAAUGAUAAUUUAAUCAAGGUAAUGGAAUUUAUUUUACUAUUAACUUAAAAACUAGGUACCUAUAAUCUUUUACAAUAGAAUGAUUUAGUAGUAAUUUCUUAUUUGGGUCUAAAAAUUCUUGAAGCAUACCAUUAAUUGUGCAAAUUUUAUUAUUGACUAAAAAGUUAACUAAGUCAUUAAGAAAUUGCCAAUUUUUUUCAAUGCUUUCAGUCAAAUUAAAAAAAUUACUUGAUACAUUGUUAAUUCAAUUUUGAAUAAUAAUAUAUAGUUUCUGCAUUCAUAGUGCAAAAUCCAAGUAUUCCAUUAAUUUGUGUAAAAUUUUAUGAAUUUUUCCUUGUGUAAAUUCAUUUAAACAAUCUGAAAGAUUAUAUCAACAAGAAACUACUCAAAUUUUAGUCUUCUAUCAAGUAUUUUGGACUUAUUAAACAUAAAACUUGUAGAUUUAAAAUACUAGUCUCUCCAACCAUGUGAAAAUGGUUAAAAAGUAAUUUACUUAAUUUUAAAUUAUGCUUCCUUCAGAAAAAUGCUCAAUAUUUUUUCAAUUAUAUAAUGUGCACUGUGCGUUGAUUUCCAUUAAUGAUAUUAUUUAGCUUGAAUCUUCUUGAGAUACACGAAAUAUUAUGAAAACAGUUAAUUUUUACUAUUUUUUGGUAUAACUUUAAUUUUAUAACUAAAAUUGAGAAUCAAACUUAAAUAUAUAAUUAUAAUUAAUGUGACUAAAUCAUUAUGUAACUCGAAGUGCAUUUAUAAGAAAAAUUGUCAUCUCAAACUAACACUGUAAUUAUACAAUUUUGUUAAUCAUUGUUUUCCAAAUAGAAUUGAUGAAAUAUUAAAAAGAAUUAUUUAAAACUAUAA